AUGGGCUUCAAGGAGUUUAUGAAGAGCCGUUCUGGCUUGCGCAUUGACAACAAAAAGACUACCUCGGCGGCAACGUUGACUCUACGCCAGAGUUUGUGGCCGCUAACACUAGUGACGAUUCUGUUCUUUUUGUGGGGAUUCGCCUAUGGAUUACUGGAUACCUUGAACAAACACUUCCAAAACACCCUCCACAUUGACCGAGGACGUUCUUCCGGCCUCCAAGCAGCCUACUUUGGCGCAUAUCCCCUAGCCUCUCUCGGCUACGCAAACUGGAUCCUCCGCCACUAUGGCUACAAAACCGUCUUCAUCUUCGGUCUGGUUCUCUAUGGCAUAGGCGCUCUAUGCAUGUGGCCGGCAGGUCUUCACCAAUCCUUCGGCGGCUUCUGCGGUGCAACCUUUGUCAUUGGGUCGGGACUAGGCUCACUGGAGACGGCCGCCAAUCCAUAUCUAACGGUCUGCGGUCCGCCCCGCUACUCUGAGAUUCGAAUCAACUUCGCCCAGGCCUUUAAUGCAAUUGGGACUGUCGUUGGCCCUGUGCUAGGCUCUUAUGCUUUCUUCACUGAAACUUCGGAUGAUGUCGCCGCUCUGCAGCGCGUGCAAUGGGUCUACCUGGCCAUUGGAAUCUUUGUAUUCUGCCUUGCGGCUGUGUUUUUCGUUUCGAAUAUUCCUGAGGUCACCGAUGAGGAUAUGGCUUUCCAGGUUGCGCAGACUCAUGUCGAUGAGCAGGAUAAGCCGUUCUGGAAGCAUUAUAAGCUGUUCCAUGCAACACUUUCGCAGUUUACUUAUACUGGAGCGCAGGUCGCCAUCGCCGGUUACUUCAUCAACUAUGCCACCGAGACCUGGCCGGGUACAUCCAAUGCCACUGCUGCUAAGUACCUCGCCGGAGCGCAGGGUGCUUUUGCAGUUGGUCGGUUCCUCGGUUCGGGUAUUAUGAAGUAUGUCAAGGCUCGCUGGGUCUUCCUGGUUUAUCUGUCAUGUACGGUAGCGUUCCUCGCAGCUUCGGUGACACAGACGAAGCAGUCCGGUAUUGCCAUGCUCUUCCUAACACUCUUCUUCGAGUCCGUCUGCUUCCCUACGAUCAUGGCCCUGGGUAUUCGCGGCCUUGGACGCCAUUAUAAGCGUGGCUCUGGAUUCCUCGUCGGUGGUGUUUGUGGUGGUGCUAUUGUGCCUCCGAUUCUGGGUCAUGUUGCUGAUAUGCGCAAUGAUACUGGGUUUGCAUUUAUCGUUCCGACUAUGUUCAUGGUCGUCGCCUGGACCUACGCCGUCGCGGUCAACUUCGUUCCUUCGUAUGUUAGCACGGUCGACAAAGUUGGCGAGAGCACACUUGGCCUUGAGGGUCCGGAUAGCAAAGAUGAGGAGGCUGUUAUGGGUACUCACGAGGCGUCUACAGCUGUUGAUGAGAAGCACGAGGCCGUUCAUGUGGAGCGGUAG